GAUCAUUCUUCAUUCUCAUAAAGACUUGUUAAUAUCAGAAUCGAAGAUCAACCAACCAUGCUACAAAUAUUAAGAGCUCUUAAUAAGUCUAGCCAAGAUGCCAACCAACCUAAAGAUGUAUCAAAAAGUGUAAACUUCCAUGAAGAGUAUCUAAGGGCUUUAAGGUCAAAAUCCUACGUUGAUUUCUUUGACAAAGCUCAAUUACUUGCUCACCAACAUUGCAUUCAUUCCAACCAGAAUAAAUAUUCAGAAACCCUCCUUCAACCAGACCAAGAAACUGUACACACCAUCAUUGAUGCAACGAUCCUUUCACAGAAACCAGAACUAAAGAAACUCAUUCUCGAUUACUUUCACGUCAGUGCUGAGGCUUCCCUCAUUUGCAGCCAUCUUCUCAAAAACAUCAAUCAAGUUCACUGUAAUUACCAGUUCAUUCAAAGAGCUCUACAAAUCAUGGACAAUGAUGAUGAUGACUCAAAAGAAAAGUUGAAGCUUAUCAUUUUUGAGCUCAACUCAUUCAUCUUGACUAACCCUUUUUCAAAUCUCGAGUAUCAUGACUUCAAGCUCAUCAGUGAUGAAAAUUCAUCAGUGUUGAAUCGUUUGAAAUCAAUGAGAAAAACGCUGGAAAGAAACUUCAAGCUAAAGAGAUAUUUGAAGACGUCAGCAUGUUGUGUUACUGUGCUGUGUGACAUGGUUGCUGUAACAACACAUGCUUUAACUUCAGUAGUCACGCCAACGGUUCUGAAAUUUACAUGUAAGAGUCUUGAGAAGGAGCUUCCACACUUGAGGUUUUCAAGAAGGUUUCUUGGUAAAGUUUGUGAGCAGCUUGAUAUGGCAGCUAAGGGAUCUUAUAUAUUAAACAAAGACUUUGAUACAAUGAGUAGACUUGUGGAUCGGCUUUACGAUGACAUUGAACACGUGAGGGCAAUGAUGCAGCUCUGUUUGAACAAGAAGAUUGAUAAAUUAUCUAUGCAAAUAGUGAAGGAGCUUAGGAAAAGUGAUGCUGGAUUUGGGAAAAAAGUGGAAGAACUCAAAGAGCAUGCGUGCUUGUGCCUUGUGACGAUUAACCGAUCAAGAGAUUUGGUCACUAAGGAAAUGGAAAAAAUGGAAACGUAA